AUGGCAGAGGCCGGAUCGCAGCCAGAUUCCACUCAAUCGGAUAAACCGUGGCCUGAAGUAUCAUCCGCCACCGCGGAUUCCGAAUCAGAAGAGGUCUACGUUGAGGUGUCUUGGAUUCGAAAGCUGAUCUACGACAUUGUCCUUUGGAGUUUCUGCGUUGUGUUUGACUGUUUCUUCAGAGAAAUCAGGUCCCGUGGGUCCUUCAAUUUGCCCCGCUCUGGGCCAACUAUAUUUGUUGGAGCACCUCAUGCUAACCAAUUUGUUGACCCUAUCAUUUUGAUGGGACAGGUUCAACAACGAGCCGGAAGAAGAAUUAGCUUUCUAGUGGCAGAAAAGUCUCACAGAAGAAAGUUCAUUGGCCUUAUAUCUAGGUCACAAAUGGCGAUUCCCGUAAGCAGGGCUCAGGAUAACUUGAAAGGUGGAAGGGGAAAAAUUCGAAGAGACUCUGAGAAUCCACUUAGAAUUGUAGGUGAAGAUACGUAUUUCACCCAGGAUUGUGCCAAUCAACGCAUGUUGGCCCUUCCAAACUCACUGGGAACUUCUGAAAUAGGAGAAGUAGUAUCUGAUACCGAAUUAAUACUGAAGAAAGAGUUCAGACAUCCUAGCACUGAAGCAGAGGAGAAAGCUAAUAGAAUCCUUGCGGAAGGAACUUCCUACAAGCUAGCUCCUAAAAUUGACCAGAGCAUUGUCUAUAAGAAAGUAUUUCAGCAUUUAGCACAUGGCAAUUCCAUUGGAAUUUUCCCUGAGGGAGGCUCUCAUGAUAGAACAGAUCUGUUACCUUUGAAAGCUGGUGUGGCCAUCAUGGCUCUUGGAGCCAUGAGCAGUGACAAGAGCUGCAAAGUAAAGAUUGUUCCUUGUGGAAUGAACUACUUCCAUCCUCAUAAAUUCAGAUCAAGAGCUAUGGUGGAGUUCGGUAGGCCCAUUGAAAUUUCUGAUGAACUCGUUUCCAUGUAUGAGAAUAAAGAGACCACCAAAGAUGCAAUUAAGGAGGUCCUGAGAAUCAUCACAAAAGGAUUAAAAUCGGUUACAGUUACGUGUCCUGAUUAUGAGACACUAGUCUGUAUUCAAACAGCGAGAAGGUUAUACUCCAACAACUUCUCUUCUCGUUUGUCUCUAGAAUCGAUACUGGAAAUGAAUAGAAGACUAGUCAAAGGAUAUGAACAUUUUCAGAACGAGCCCAGAAUUCAAGAAUUGAAGGAAAAGAUACUAGCAUAUCACGAAGUCCUAAGACUUUCCGGUAUCCCUGAUCACAAGGUGAACGAUUAUCGACCAGAAAAAAGAUUGCAGACUUUUGCUGAGUUGUUGGGGAAUUUGUUCCAAUUUGCUCUAUUGGGACUUUUGGCGUUACCUGGUGCACUGCUAUUUUUCCCAGUGUUUGUAGCCACCCGCAAAAUCAGUGCCAAAAAGGCUAAAGAAGCCCUGGCAGCCUCUACGGUCAAAAUCAAGGCAAUUGAUGUCGUCGCCACUUGGAAAAUUUUGGUGAGUCUUGGAUUUGCUCCACUGUUAUAUAUUUUCUACUCUACGGUUGGAACAUACAUCAUUCGCUCAAGGUACUAUAUCGAACCUGGAUUUGGAAAGACUGCCUUCACUUUCUUCGGAUUUUAUAUUCUCUCUGCUACUAUCACGUAUUCGGCUCUAAUUGUUGGAGAUAUUGGCAUGGAUUCAUUCAAGAGAUUAAAGCCAUUGUGGCUAUUUCUUACAGACAGCGAAACUCUAUCUAAUUUGAAGAAGGAGAGACAGGAACUGAGUUUGGAGAUCACGGAGGUAGUGAAUGAAUUUGGCCCUCAACUAUUCUCCGACUUUAAUCUACUGGAUUAUCAGAAGAAAGUAGAAAGUAAAAGAAAGAAGAAGAGGAGUGAGAAGUACAGAAAGAAGGCUUUUGAAGUCUCAUCAAUGGGAUUAGAUUCAUCUGAUGAGGAGGAAGAACUCAAAACUCAAGAUGUGAGAAGGAGAAGAGCCGCCAGGAAGCAGGCGGCAUCGACUACAGAAGCUCCCUCAAACAGAUUCGACAACAAGUCAACGGGAAUCAAUAUAUCCAACGUCCCAAUUUUCAGUAACGAUCUUUAUGGUGGUACUAGUUCUGCUCCAACCACCGAUGUUUCGUCUAUUUCAUCUGAAUUAUCGUCAGAUUACCAAUCGAGCGAUGGAGAAAAUGAAAAUGAUGACUCGCAACUGAAAGACAGAAUCCGAGACAGAAUUCAUGAUAGUAGGCAUGAUUGA